AUGGCCACUGCCCGAAGAAACAAUGCCACUGGGGCCAUAUUUGACGACAAUGCGAUGGAACACCCUUUCGCCGAAGGAUCCUUUCGCUAUGUCGCAAAGGGAAAGUACACAGAAGGUGCACGUCGCGGCGAAAAGUGCGUUUGCAAGUGGUUCAAGACUGGAUCUGUCUACGAGGAUAGCUACUACGAGGCUGAUCUCCGAACCGCGAAGAAAUGCAUACAAAUUAUCUCGAGGUUUAACAAAGACCGAUGCAUUGAUCGCAUUGUUCGAGUCAAUCUACCAGAAGUUUGGGAGAUCGAGGCCGGUCAUCCUUUGAGCGGAACAAAAGUUCUACAGGAACCCUACAUCAAGAAGUAUCAGAAAUUCAAUUCCAACUCUGGCUGGAAAGCUGACGGCUUCGAGUGGGGCCGUGCCAUGCAGGCUCUUUCUCUCUACUCUUAUCAUAUUACUGGUGGGAAGUACUUGCUAUGUGAUUUGCAGGGUGGCGUCUACAAGGAUGGUGUGAUCCUCACCGAUCCUGUCAUCAUGUCUCGUAAUAAGGGUGCAUAUGGACCGACCGACUUGGGACCAGAUGGCAUCAAAUCGUUCUUUGCCAAUUUCGAGGUGAACGAGUAUUGUCAAAGCUAUUGGCGACUGCCCAAGAAAACAAAGAAAGUCUACAAAGCUCGUAAAGGCACUACGAUGCACCAUGUAGGUACUCGUGUCUCACGCCAGCCCAUGACACAUGGUGGUCAUUACUGA